GCAGUAGUUCAGCUCAACGCUCACCAGCGCCGAGUGGUCACCAGCAGCAGCGGCACCGGCGGCAGCGUGAACAGCAGCAGGAGCAGCAGCAAUAGCACCGAUAGCAGCAAGAGCGUUGGCCGCCACAACAGCAACAGCGGGCACGCAUCACCACCACUUGAGCAGCCAGGGUUACAGGCAGCAAUCAAUGCAGACAUGCAUGGUGUGGCGUUGGACCACUCAGAUGAAGCAACAGCUAAUGACAACCACCAUUCCCGGGACCUCGUGCACCUUGCGGCCCAAGCGCCCUUGGCCCAGCAGCGGCUCGUGGCGGCUCACUCAAGCCUGGUGCGCUCCAUUGCUCGCCGCUUCUUCGGGCAUGGGGUGUCCCUCUCCGACCUCUACCACGCGGGAGUGACAGCCCUGCUGCGAGCAGCAGCAACCUACAACCCCACCCUCGCUUCUCCAGCCUCAGACCCCUCCUCGCAGCAACCCAGUGCAACCAAACCAGCCCAGUCAAGGGCACGAGGGGAGAAGGAAAAGGAGGAGAAUGAGCGUGUGUUGAAGGAUGAGAAGGGGGGUAAGGUGAAGGCGUGGCAGGAGGACGAGUAUGGCAUGAGGAAAGGCCGCUUGUGGGCUCUGCCAGGACUGAGGCGGAAAGCCCGUGUGGAGAGCGGACGGGGAGAGGCAGUGAGUGGGGGAGGGGGUGUAGAGGCCGGCAGGGGAAAGGGUGAGGGGAUGAAAGGACUCAAUGAAGGGGGUGGGGCAGGCCAAGGGGUGGUGGCUGCACGGCCAACUCACAUGUCGCAGGAGGCGAUGCAGCGCGAGGUGCCACAGCAGGUGCUACAGUCGGUGCUACAUCAGGGGCAGGUGGAGCAGCGGCCAACGGAGCAAGGGCAGCUUGAAAAGGACUUCGCAAAUAGCGAAAGUGGAAAGCAAGGAGAGUUGGUGGAGGAGAAGCAGGGAGGAUUUGAAGAGCAGCAGGCAAUGUCCUUCUCAUCAUGGGCCAGUCGUCUUGUUUACCAGACCCUCCAGCAGGAGGUGUGGCGCCGCUCACCAGUCUUCUCCUUCCCACGCUACGCCUACUUCCAAUACGCUGAGAUUUCUGCCGCCUAUGCUUCUUUCCGGAAGCAGCACGCUCGGGAACCCACCCUCGCAGACCUCUCAGCUGCCACCAGCCUCUCACCCCAACGGAUUGUGACUGUAUCGAGGGCCAUGCGGCGAGUGAAGAACCCUCUCUCUUUCGACGUCUCCUUGCUCCCCAACCGCACCCAUGCUGAGACCUUCUCCAACGACAAAGCGGACCCCUGGCAGCAUCUCCUGGACUCGGAGCAUCUGGUCCUCCUCUCACACGCUCUCUCCACCCUCGACCCGCACCGCCGCCUCGUGAGUGCACUUUUGCUAACACAUGGGCAGAGGCGGCGGGUACAAAUGGGUAGUGGUGCGUACAAAUGA